AUGAAGCCGAUAGGUCUAGAAACAACACACGAAGGCUACAUUUGGCAUAAUGUCGAUACAGGAGGCCAGAUGGCCAAAAAGAAAAGUGCAAAGGAUCCACAUGGUCUGCAAAGAUCAUCCACCAUAACCGCGAGUCAACGAAGUCGGCUCAAAAAAGCGAAAAGCAUUUAUACCAGAAGAACAGUACAAUCUAAGUUCAUCUCAGAUGUGACAACAUCCAAGGAGAAUCUGAACAAACAAACGCCGGAACUUGAGAUAAAGGUUUUUCUAGUCUUUUCAGUCAUCGGCGUCUAA